GCCUGAAGAAAAUAAAGAAGCAUGGAUGGUCAUAAGUAUGGUUAUUCAAGGGAAUUUUAUGAUCAAUAUGCUCAAAGCCAAGAAAAAUCUGUGGUCAAUAAAAUGCAACAGAAAUACUGGAAAACAAAACAAACACUUAUAAAAGUCACAGGAAAAAAGGAAGAUGAACAUGUUGUGGCUUCAGAUGCAGACCUGGAUGCAAAACUUGAGCUGUUCCACUCAAUUCAGAGAACGUGUAUGGAGUUGCUGAAAGCAAUUGAACUCUAUCAAAAGAGGAUUUGUUUCCUGUCUCAGGAAGAAAAUGAAUUGGGAAAAUUUCUUCGAUCACAGGGUUCUCAGGAUAAAACAAGGGCAGGAAAAAUGAUGCAAGCCACUGGGAAGGCCCUCUGCUUUUCUUCUCAGCAAAGAUUGGCACUGCGUACUCCUUUGAGUAGAUUAUAUCAGGAAGUGGAGACUUUCAGAUACAGGGCCAUCUCAGACACGUGGCUGACUGUAAACCGAAUGGAGCAGUAUCGGACUGAGUACAGAGGAGCACUGCUUUGGAUGAAGGAUGUGUCUCAGGAGCUGGAUCCCGAYCUCUUUAAGCAGAUGGAAAAGUUCAGGAAGGUCCAAGCUCAAGUGCGGCAUGCAAAACUCAACUUUGACAAGCUGAAGACUGAUGUCUGCCAAAAAGUGGACCUUUUGGGAGCAAGUAGAUGCAACCUCCUUUCUCAUGUGUUAACCACAUAUCAGACUACACUUCUUCAUUUUUGGGAAAAAACCUCACACACCAUGGCAGCUAUCCAUGAAAGUUUCAAGGGUUAUCAGCCAUAUGAAUUCACCAUGUUAAAGAGCUUACAAGAUCCUGUGAAUAAACUAACAGCGAGAGCGGAAAAGGAGGACCUGCAGAUUGCAAGCUCCCAAUCAGCACAAGAUCAGCAGAGUCAAUUGAUUUCCUUAGAUGAAGAGAACCAUGCCAAGGAAUCGAACUAUUCAGCUGAUGACGGCAAGGAUGUCUUAUCCACGUUACAGGGACAUUUUAACCACAAGCAGAACUCAGGUGAUGUAGAUGACUUAUUAGACCUGCAACCUGAAGAAAACGCUUCAAAGGAUCCGUUUGUGAGGUCCCUGGAGCGCGAGCCCAGUGAUAAGGACGACCUGGUGCUGCUCAAUGAGAUCCUCAACGCCUCCUCCCUGGACGAGGGCGAGUUCAGCAAGGAGUGGACGGCCGUGUUCGGGCACGCGGCGCCCGCCGAGCCCGCCGGCAGCUCCGCCCCGGGGGACGGGGAGGCCGCCACGGCCUCCGCCACGGCCUCUCCCUCCGGCUACCUGCCCUCGCAGCUCCUAGACCAAAACAUGAACGACUUGCAGUCGUCUCUGCACGGAUGGGCAGCCAACAGUGCGAGUCCUCCAUCUCUCCCACAGCCCGCACAGAAACCAAACAGCCUCAGCGUGAACGCUAACAAGACACCCCCCAAAGAUGCUACAAGGAAUCCUAAAGACUUGACGGCUUGGUUCAGUCUCUUUGCUGACCUUGACCCGUUAUCCAAUCCUGAUGCUGUUGGGAAAACUGAUAGAGAACAUGAAUUGCUUAAUGCAUGAGCCAGCUGCCUAUGGUAACUCACAUUCUUCCAUUCAUCAACACUGUCUUGGGGUUUAAAAAACUAAAUGAAAAUCAGUAUGYUGUUGUGAAACUAUAAUGUGCCAUGGUAAUAAAACUGAAGGAAUGAAUCCCCUUUUAUAUAGGUACAGUUAUUUGCUCUUGUUUUGUAUAAAGAAUUCGCAUUUAUUUUCUACGUGGAUUUACAAAAAGGGAGUUAAGAAUUAAAGGUAGAUUUCUUGCCAAUUAGAUUAUCUCCUGAAACGUUAUCUUUGCCUGAAGUGAUAUGGAGCUAAAGCUGGAGCGAAAUACAAAUUGCAAACCUAUUUUUUUAUAAUGUUUCUUGAGUAAAUCCAAAAAAAAAUGUGACUGAGGCUGCAUGAGUCAAACAUUUAUCAUGUAUAUAAUAUAUAUAUAUGUAUAUUGCUGUGUUGUCAGCUAAAUUUGUUUUGUUAGUACUCAGUGAAAAAWUUGUGCUGAGGCUAAUUAUUGAAGAAAUACAUUUUGGUCUAUGCAGCCAUGGAAAUUAGGCCCUUUCUGAUUUAAAUUAUUACACAAGCUGCAAUAUAGAGGCAGAAGAAAUGGCCAGAAGGCUCCUUUACUGAGUUUUUCCAUUAUACUGACAGAAUUUGCACCUAUUUGCAGAAGUUUCUUGCAACUGAUGCUUUAACCAUGCCUUGAAAACAUAAAUAUUUCUGUUUGGAGUAUUUUUCAUCACAUUUAUUUCUGAAGCAUGUGUUAUUUUGAACUUGUUGUGACAUUAACUCUUUAAUAAAAUGAUUUUGACAAAAGAAAAGGCCUUUUAUCCCCACUGGAGCGUUCGUAUGAGGUUGAACUGGUGUGUACCAACCAUCUGAAGAUAAAGUAUAUGGCCGUUUUUUAAGCAGUUCCUAAAAAUGCAUCUCACUGCCUCACACUGUUUCUAAAUAAGACAAUAAGAGAACUUAAACUCACUCGGUGUACCUUUGCUUUCCCACUUACAAUAAAGGAAAAUAAAAAAGACACAGCAGCAGCCCAUUAAUAUUACAAGUUCUGCAGAUUUGUUUUAAUGCAUUGAAUAAUUGCAAAGCGAGCAUUCUAAAAUUUGGCCUCCUUAAAUUAGCUGAUUUCCUUUUAUUUGGGUGCAGCUUUUUCACCUUAAGCUCAUUGGAUCCUUGGUUAGUUCUUUUCUCUUGGUGCCUGUCUUGGCAACCUCAAAAUCACUAUAUAAAAACAGACAGUGACCGAACUGAUCUGCUUCUCGGGCACAUCAGAAUAUAUUUUGAAGGCUGUACUGAGCAGAGUUAAUCUGCAUUUGAUGGCUUUUUGUCCAACAAAGAGCAUAUGUGCUAUCAGUAGAAU